CUCCCCCAUCCUUGGAAAUUGUUUUGUUGGACUGCUGUACCGAGGCGUGUAAAGCUUGAGGACUUUAUUAUUAUUUUGAUUCUUUUCAUUUCCUCCCCUCUGGGCAACGGAGCAAUGAAAUUUCCAAUCGAGACUCCAAGAAAACAGGUGAACUGGGAUCCUAAAGUGGCCGUUCCGGCAGCAGCGCCCCCCGUGGGCCAGCCCAAGGGUGCCACUAACGGGCCCUACGCCACCCCGCGCCUCUCCAUCUCCUCCCGAGCCACGGUGGUAGCCAGGAUGGAAGGCGCCUCCCAGGGGGGCCUGCAGACCGUCAUGAAGUGGAAAACCGUCGUCGCGAUCUUCGUGGUUGUGGUGGUCUACCUUGUCACCGGCGGUCUGGUCUUCCGGGCCUUGGAGCAGCCCUUCGAGAGCAGCCAGAAGAACACCAUUGCCUUGGAGAAGGCGGAAUUCCUGCGGGAUCAUAUCUGCGUGAGCCCCCAGGAGCUGGAGACGCUGAUCCAGCAUGCCCUUGACGCUGACAACGCAGGAGUAAGUCCAAUAGGAAACUCUUCCAACAACAGCAGUCACUGGGACCUUGGAAGUGCCUUUUUCUUUGCUGGGACUGUCAUCACCACCAUAGGGUAUGGGAAUAUUGCUCCAAGCACUGAAGGAGGCAAAAUCUUUUGUAUUUUAUAUGCCAUCUUUGGAAUUCCGCUUUUUGGUUUCUUAUUGGCUGGAAUUGGAGACCAACUUGGAACCAUCUUUGGGAAGAGCAUUGCAAGAGUGGAGAAGGUCUUUCGAAAAAAGCAAGUGAGCCAGACCAAGAUCCGGGUCAUCUCCACCAUCCUGUUCAUCUUGGCCGGCUGCAUUGUAUUUGUGACGAUCCCUGCUGUCAUUUUCAAGUAUAUUGAGGGAUGGACCGCCUUGGAGUCCAUUUACUUUGUCGUGGUCACCCUCACCACGGUGGGCUUUGGUGAUUUUGUGGCAGGGGGAAAUGCUGGCAUCAAUUACCGGGAGUGGUACAAGCCCCUGGUGUGGUUUUGGAUCCUGGUUGGCCUUGCCUACUUUGCAGCUGUCCUCAGUAUGAUCGGAGAUUGGCUACGGGUUCUAUCCAAAAAGACAAAAGAAGAGGUGGGUGAAAUCAAGGCCCACGCGGCCGAGUGGAAGGCCAAUGUGACGGCCGAGUUCCGGGAGACGCGGCGGCGGCUCAGCGUGGAGAUCCACGACAAGCUGCAGCGGGCAGCCACCAUCCGCAGCAUGGAGCGCCGGCGCCUGGGCCUGGACCAGAGGGCCCACUCGCUGGACAUGCUGUCCCCGGAGAAGCGCUCCGUCUUCGCCGCCCUGGACACGGGCCGCUUCAAGGCCUCAUCCCAGGAGAGCAUCAAUAACCGGCCCAAUAACCUGCGUCUCAAGGGCUCCGAGCAGCUGAACAAACACGGGCAGGGAGCCUCUGAGGACAACAUCAUCAACAAGUUCGGAUCCACCUCCAGGCUCACCAAGAGGAAAAACAAGGACCUCAAAAAGACCUUGCCUGAGGACGUUCACAAAAUCUACAAGACCUUCCGGAAUUACUCCCUGGACGAAGAGAAGAAGGAGGAGGAGACGGAGAAGAUGUGCAACUCGGACCAUUCCAGCACGGCCAUGCUGACCGAGUGCAUCCAGCAGCAGGCGGGCGUGGAGAACGGAAUGGUCCCCACGGACACCAAAGACAGGGAACUCGAGAACAACGCAUUACUUGAAGACAGAAACUAAAUGCUGAGGACCUUGGACUUGACCAAGCGUUGUGGUUUUUCGUUUUUGUUUUUGUUGUUUUUUUUUAUAUUCACCCUGAGACACGUGCCUUAAAACAGACUUCUCGGUAGUCCGAAAUUACAUAGCAUUGAAGAAUAUAUUUCACUGUGCCAUAAAUGACGGAGAAAGAUCGCUCUGCCAAAAGGAAUCAAAGAACACAGAACCACACUUCCGUCAGGGGCCGCAGGACACGCCGGGAGUGUUUGCACACGCAGGAGGUCGUGGCCACGGAAGUUAAGGGCGGGUAUGGGACGGUGCUGUGCUCCCCUGAGCGGCGCUGCCCGGGCCUGGCGUGGAGAAAGGGCAGCUAUUCCUCAGACCAGCCUUCUGAAAGGAACACGUGUGGCUUUUACACGGAGCCUCGUUUCCUGAACCUACCGUUAGAGAUAUGCACACACAGAGCAGGGGACCAGAUGGGGGCUGAACUAGUACCUGUAAUGAGGGUUCGAGGUGACAUUGUGGCAUGUUGCUCUGAGCUUGAGUUUUGAUACACAGCCUCAGCGCACAGCUAGUCUUUCCGAGCUCCAAGUGAAUGUCCGUGGGACCCGGGAGCAUGUGGAAUUUGUGAGAAACAGAUCAGAGCACACGUAUUAAAAGGUGCAAUUGCUUUCCUCAUUACAAAAGAAAAAAAAAAAUCACAAAUGCAUCACACUGUGGAUAUCACCUUAACCAAGGACAGAAGCCUAUUGAAUUUUGUCUCUCGACAAAUGAAGAAUGAACUUGCAAGCUUUGGCGAAAACUCAACCUCAUUCGCUGCAUGGUUAUGGGCAAAAAUCAUGCAUUUUCCUCAGUGGGUGCAGUGGUGAAAAUAAACUGGUUUUGAAAUGUCCAUUUCACUUUUCUAGUGGAACUUUGGUUGUAACUUGUUUUGAUAAGAGGGGGGGAAAAAAAACCAAAACAAUUGCCUUGCAUGAUGCCAGUGGCUUGCUGUUCUGUCUAGCUGAUCCUAAAUUUUUAUAAAAAUAGACAUCCUGCAUGUCUGAGACAUACCAAGGAGGACCACGGCAUCAUUCCAUCUCAGGGCUUUUUGUCCCUUUGGGUGUCUUAAGGUAGACAUAGUGACGAGGUCCAAUCUUGCUAUCUCCAAACAAAAGAAAGAAUCCCCCAACCAACUCUUGUACAAGAAAAUUGAAUUGUUUUAAUUGCUUGCAGCUUAAGUGCCAUUAAUGCCAUUUUAAAACUAAUGCUUAAAAGAAGUAUUUACAACAUUCCACGUUUAUGUUUGGGUGUUCCUUAUUUUGAAGGCAUCACUUCUUUUCCUUACGUGUUUGUCUUGCACCUGCUGCUUCACUAAAGUUGGAACACCAGGGUGAUUAAUGGUUUCAACGCAAACAAUAGCAACGCGAUUGUUCCGUGAGGUUACAAUGGCCCUGGGCAGGAGAGUGGGGGAGGGGCCAGUCAUAGGUUUUAAAAAAAUUUUAAAUGGAUUUUUUGAAAUCAGAGAGGGCAAAUUGUGCUAGGCCUCACCAUCUUGUGUGUGCCUCAGCCCCUCGUGUAAUUGGCUGACCAUUGGUGGUUCAGACUUAGCAGUUUGGCCCAUGUUCUUAAGCAUUUGGACCUGGCAAGCCCCAGAAAGUUGCUGGUGAUGGGCUCCCCGAUCUCAGCGCCACCUCUUGGGGAGUUCACAUGACUAACACACGGAGGGGAUUGAGCAAAAAACCACAGGAUUAGUGGAGACUUCGGACUUCUGGGGAAAAUGAUACCCACCACAUCCUUGACCACUGGUACCAGGGCAGACCUCUUCCCGCCCACUUCCCAAAACUGCACAGCUCUCCCUCGCCUGGAGCACACGUAGCCCCGCCGGCCCCUCCCCCACCUUCUAGGCUCUAGUUAAAGUUCUGGCAUUGCUUUUGGCAAGGAGCCAAAUAAGAAUCAGCUUUCACGAGGCCCUUCCUGUCCAAGAUAGACUUGGGUUAAUGCCUCCACCGGGCUGGAGCUGUGGCUUACUGGUGACAUCCUGUGUCCAUAUGUUAAUAGACACGGAAACGACCUUUGCACAGGUGUGGGCACUGGCUCUCACUGUGAGAGCCCUUCCAGCCUGACAAAAUGUGUUUUGAUUGGUAGAUCUCUGGGACUUUCUCUAUUCCUCUGAUAAGUUAAAAGCUUCCUGAUUAAACUAUCCAUCCAUCUCAUGCCUUUGCGUUUCCGCCCUGUACUUCUCUGUAGCAGUGUGUUAAAAACUCUAGACACUACAGACAGAUCUGGCCAAGAGGCUUCCUUGUCAUUUAUCCAGUGGUUUCCAUGGGCCAGGCACUAGAUUAGGCACUUUAUGGGCGUUAGCUGACUGAAACCUCAUAGCAACACUCCAAGGGAAGUGUUUGCAAACCCAUUACACAGGUGAGGGCACGGAGGCUCAGGGAAGCUGAGUAACUUACCCAACGGCACACAGCAAGAAGUGGUAGAGCACGUCUUCAAAGGCUGUCGGACCAAAGUCUGCUUUUGACUUUGCUGUAAUGUCCACGUCAUGCGCUCUUGUGUGUAUGUGUGUGUAUGUGUAUGUGUGUGUUUGUGUGUCUUUCUAGUUUCAUGGGCAGGGUGUACGGAGGUGGGGAGAUCUCUGUUACUAAGAGCGUACAAGGUCUUUGUGUAAUCAUGACCUAAAGCGUUACCCUUAUAGAUACUUAUACAUUAUUUUGGUUUGGGUUUUGGGAAUGCUGUCUGUGGUGCCCUUUCUGUAUUGUUAAAAAAAUGCCCUUUGAAAGCACUCUUUUGCACUUUACUUGCUUACCUUGCAGGAACUCCGCUUAUAGCAGGAAUAAAACAAUUCAAAGCACGAAGCUGCACAUUCUACCAAAUGGAACAGGUGUUGGUGUGUGCGUAGACACUUCCCCAAAGGGGUCAAAUCACAGUAGUACAGAGGGCUCAAAAACAGCCCUCGGCUGAGAGUGGGAAAAAACCCAGUACAACCUGUUCCCUGAAUACAGUGGGGCCCAAAGCCCUGGGGAAUGAAAUCCAAGAAGAGCCCUCCCUCUAUGGAGAGUGAGCCAUUAAAUAUGGGCAGUAUUGGGCAAACUAGAACAUACCCUCCAAAGUCUGAGAAGCUGAGAGGGAGUAAGAGCUUGGACUCCUCUUAGUGUGUACAGGCUAAGAUUUGGGGGAGAUGAGUCGUGAUGAAGUGGUGUGAGUGGUACCCUUUGAAGAUGGGACCGAACAGCACAUAGCAAAUAGCACGUACUGAAGCUGCUGCAGGUUCUAAACACUCAUCAGCGCCUCCCUGCCCCUCCAACCCACCCUCCCUAAAGCUGGCAUCAGCGCCUUGAUUUUGCACAUAGGAAGAGCAUGUGUUCAGUAUCUUUCGUGUCUUCAGCGGGUGGUGUCUUUUGCUUCACCUGGUAAUUGGGUCCUGAUUUUUUCUUCCCUAACAGAUCUGGAGGUUUGCUGGGGACAGUGGGGGGAUCAUUUGGAGAUGGUAGCUCCAUACCCAGUCCUAACUCAAUAGUGAAUUCUAGAAACUUACCACCGUCAGGGGAGGGCCCUAAUGUGUGUGCGGGUAGGGAUGUCCCUGGCCUAUAGGUGAGGCCACUGGGACUCUUUGUCUGUGUUUCCCUGUCCCAGCCUGUGAGCGUGGACACCUCUGUCCUCGUGCUUCUCUGUUACCUCGUCAGGACAUCAAGGGAAUUCAACACAGAUAAUCAUCAAGGCCCCUUUAAUUCUGCAGUUCUCUGACCAAACCUCCCCUGGUCUACGAGUUUGUUAAAUUCAUUAAGAACGGUAUUAGCCGUGUUUGUGUAUACUGACACAUGGGCCCCCUUAUUUUAGGCUAAGAGCCUCCUGCCCUUUGGGACUUGUUUUCUGGGUAAUUGAUGGAGACCAGAUGUAUUUGGGAGCCUGGUGUCUGAAUUAGAAUCGUGCCCUGUGUAGGCUCACUCCAUACUCCCUUAUAGCGUCCUGUCCCCUGGAGGACUCAGGCUACGCGGGCAUUUUUUGCAUGGUGUUAAGAUUGUUUAAAGAACUUCAAAGCUGUUGCUAUUUGCAGUCAAUUGUGAUAAAAGUUCCCUUUGAUUACUUCAUGAAUUCAUAUGAUAUAGACAGAUACCUGCCACACACACACACACACACACACACACGCUGGAAAUGGCUGCUUUGGGGUCUAACGGGACCAUUCGAUGUUGAAAGUCCUAGUUGAGCUAGACGUUAGCAAACCACUCCCUUACCUCCUCCUGAGAGGAUGUUAUUUCCUGGCUGAGUCCAUGCUGCUUAUUUAUUUGUGUGCUUGGGUUUGGGGGAUUAGUGAGAAUGUGACCAGAAUUUAGGUGGGGCAGAUUUAUUCUCAUCGGAUUGGGUAAGAUUGUAGACCAUCCAAUGUAUACCGUGGUUUCCGAACCAUGGGAAAGGCACAGGAAAACACACAAAUGUGCAGAGACUCUCUAAAGAAAUGAGGAAAAACUGGCUUGGCUUUUCCCAUCCUCUGCUUUCUGCAUCCUGCUCAGGUUUCAAGUGGAGGUUUAUUAUUUCUGUUACGAUGCAACUGUGUGCAAAGACCGUGGCUGUGUCAGCAGAGGGAGCUUUCAUGGGUAGAGCGUAAGAGCUUGAGAGCAAUGGCCUUAAAAAAUAAAAAAAUGGGAAACUCUCCGAAACAAAGGUGACUUUGGCAUUGCAGAUCCUGUUACUUCUACUUAUGGAAGCUUUGGAAUAGCAUGUUGAUUAUGUGGCUAGAAACAAAGCCCUGGCUGUCCUGGCGUGAUGAACCAGCAGCCAUUCAUGCAAACCUCACUCCUCCCAUGGCGGUCCCUAGGUCACAUGACAUUGGCACGGUGGCACUGAGGAGAACUAACAAGUGUCUUUGAUUUUACAGAAAGCGAUUAUCAUUUUCACAGGUGCCUAAGAGAUUUGAAAUCUACCUUGUUAUCGUUUUUUAAGUGAAAAAUCUCCAAUAGUUCCUUGUGCAUUAAAAACAGAACAAAACAAAACCAUCCUUGAGAGGACUCCGCUCCAUUGAUACGGCAGACUAGUGUUAUAGAGGGUGAUUGGAAAAACCUCUCCUUUGCCAUCAGGGCACCAAGGUUGAAGGAAGAAGGUACAGUGGUGCCUAGAAGCGUUAUGCAAACCAACCCACAUGCCAGCCUCCAGCCUCUUCCCCUUCCCAGACUCCCAGGCAGGGGCCCCAGUGACGACG